AUGAAAACUGAACAAAAAAUAGCAUCUUCUUUAAACCAUUCGAUUGAGGAAGAUUAUAGCCCAUGGUCAAAAAUCAAUGUCAAAGGUACUCCUUUCCCAAGGUAUAGACAUAUAACUUCGUCUUAUAUUUAUCCGAGCAAUGAUCUAUAUAUCAAUGGUGGUCUAUUCGAAUCAGAUGUCUAUGGUGACACUUGGAAAUUAAAUAUAAAAGAAAAUUAUAAUGAAAAUGAUUUAGAGAGGUGGCAUUAUUCAUGUAACAUAAUAGACAUCAUGGGAACCACUCCUCCUCCAAGAGUAGGCCAUGCAGCUACAUUAUGUGGUAAUGCUUUGAUUGUUUUUGGUGGUGACACUCAUAAAGUUAAUGUAAGUAAUGGGUUAAUGGACGAUGAUUUGUACUUUUUGAAUCUAGACACAACGAAAUGGACUAUCCCAAGUCCAAAAGGUAUUAGGCCGCUAGGAAGAUAUGGUCAUAAAAUUUCGGUGAUUAAUUCAAAUUUAUAUUUAUUCGGUGGUCAAUUUGAUGAAACUUAUUUUAAUGAUUUAGUGAAAUUCGAUUUGCUUAAUUUUAAAGAUGCUAAUUCACAAUGGGAAUUCAUAAAACCAAAAGGUUUCAUACCGCCACCAUUAUCAAACUUUUCAAUGUGUACUUUUGAAAAUAAAUUAUAUGUAUUUGGUGGUGAUACAUAUCAAGUUCUAACCAACGAGACUUUUGUUUAUGACCCCGAGCUGAACGAAUGGUCAAUCUUAGAAACUUUUGGCCAGGAAGAUACAAAUAAGCCACCUCCAAUUCAGGAACAUGCUGGGAUUAUAUAUAAACACUUAAUGUGUGUAGUAGGUGGUAAGGAUUCAAAUGAUAAUUAUUUAAACUCAGUUUAUUUCCUAAAUUUGAUAUCAAAAAAAUGGUUUAAAUUACCAGAGUUUAACGACACUGCAAUGCUUGGUAGAUCAGGCCAUUCUGUAUCGUUAUUAAAAAAUAACAAAUUAUUAAUAUUAGGUGGUGAUAAAAGUGAUUGGGUUAAACAAACUGAAUCUGGUGAGUUAGAGAUAUCAAACACUGAUAACAACGAAGGCGUGUUUAUACAUAUUCUGGACAUAGCAAAAUUGAACAAACUAUGUCCAGGAAUUUACGAUCAUUCAAAUUUAGAUAUCGAAAAUGUAUCAAAAUCGACUUUAAUCAAUGAGAUUCAUAAUGAAAGUACAUUUCCUAAUAUAUUUACACCAAUUAUAAAUAGUGAAAAGGAAACUUCAACGGAACAAUUUGAAGAGCCAAAUAACUCGAUUUCACGAACAUCUUUACCAAGUUCGACAAUAACUCCCUCUACAAAUAAUACUAAUACUGCUACUAUUAAGAAACACCAACGUGCAUUGUCUGAUCUAACGAAAAUAACUUCUCCGAUUCCUAAUUCUCCAGUUCCACAGUUAGCACAUGACAGAAAGUUUGGAAGUCCUAAUGGAGCUAUUGACAGUACUGAUAUACCGCUGAAUAACACAGAAAUGCCUAAAGUUGUUAUGAUAUCUAAGCAAUUCAAAGAAAAUGGUAAUUCUUUCAGAGAAAGCCAAUAUAGUGGUCAUUCAAUGAGAACUUCUAUGCUAAGAUUAUCUUCAAACAUCGAGGAGGAGAUUGAUUUUGAUGCAUACAUGGAAAGCACAAAUCAUUCGCAAGAUGUUUUGACCUUUCCAGCCAUAGGUGAUGAAAAUCACCCUCCUUCUUCAGAUAACAGAAAUGCAUAUUACUCAAAUGAACAGUUAACAGAAGAGGUUCUGCAGGAGAAUCUAAAUCUUAAGGUGAGCCCGAAAUUAAACAAUAUUGAGUCCUCUAAAGAUUUACUUGAAGUAAGGAGUGAAGCUGUAUCUCAAAAUGAUGCAAAUAUUUCACAAUCAUCGGAGAUAGAUGAGACACCAAAGGAAAGGGAAUUAAAACAACUGUUAAGAUCAAAAUUGUUAGAUGCCAAAGAAUUAAAUAAAAUUAUUGAAUUACAGAACAAAAAGUUGCUAGAAGCUUCAAAAUUGAAGGCAAAAAUUAAUUUACUAAAGGUUGAAAACCAAACUUUAAAAUAUGAAAAUGACACCCUAAAAAAUGCUAUUAACUCCGAUGUCCAAGACAAAGAAUUGUUUACUCAUACAAAAGCAUACUCUGAACAAUUAGAAAAUCUAGAGAAUUUUAUUUCAAACACUAAAGCGUCCCCAAUAUCUUUACUGGAACCCAGAACAUCUAUUGUCAAAAGUUCAGACUUCGAGACCCCCAAAUUACCAACAUCAAGUGUUUUAAAUAAUCAACCUUCUUCUGCCAUUUCAAAAUUAUCUGAUAGAUUGGAUGAUAUUUUACUAGAAAGUCAAGAGUUGAAGAAUCGAACAAGUCUAUACAAUGAAGACAUUAAUAUCCAAUUGACAAACGUAAACGAUUUAGAAACUGAAUUAGAACUUGUCAGAAAGGAAAGAGACUAUUAUAAAAAUGAACUUUCUCAUUUACAAGGCCAACAUCAUUAA